AUGGGGAACGCUAUAUCAUCUGAGGGAGGUCAGCAUCACCCCCUCCUGGCCGAAGACUACGCCUCUGCGGAACAAGUGGGCAAGCCUUGCACAAACGUGUUCGUCCAGAGCCCGGAAAGGCAGAUCAAAGAUCUUUCAGGGAAGACUCCCGAUGACGAAGAUACUAUCACAGCCAAUCCCAUCGCAGAGUGGCCGAAGGAUAUUCCCACUCCUACGUAUAUCGAGAGUGAUGCAGCUAUCGGAGUCCUUCAAGCAGAUAUCCCGCCAGGGUACUGGGCCAAGCUGGCCAAGAAGUGCGCGUGGAGAUGCAGGGCCGUGAAGAGACCAGGAACCUUGCUUUUUAAAUUGGCUGCACUGCCACUGUGCAGAGAGCCAGUUCUCAAGCAGGGCCAUGGUAGCCAGACUGCUGGGCUUCAAAAUGGAUUGGAGUUCAGCAACUCCGUGGCAGUGAAGAAAGAGAACGUGGAGGCGCUCCUCGCGCAUGUUUCGCAGGUGUCCACCGAGCAAUGCCGGCCUGCACGAACUGCCAUCUCUCUUUCUGACCAACCCCAACAUUUUCCUUCUCAUCACCAACACCCCCCCUGGGAUUGCAGCACAGGCAUGCCGUCAACAGAUUCGGAAUCAGAAUAUCUGGACUCGCCUCAUGGAGACUCGGAGUCAGAGGUGCAUGGGGCUGCGGCAUCGGAUGUUACUCACCCAAACACGCGCAAAAAGCGCCGUCUCAGAUAUGAUGACGACAUCAUCAAUGGAAUAAGGCCUGAAUCCAAUGACAUCGUGCUAAUGAGUCCAUACCUCUCCAUCAUAGACAAAUCUGCCUCUUAG